AUGGAGGGAUGCCGGCUGGUAGAGCACGUUGCGGCUCGGCGUCGACUGUCGCCGUGGAUGCGCGAGCUCGUCCAGCUCCUCGCCUCUGGCGACGUGGCUGUAGACGUGCUCUUGCGCACCGUCGAUGUGGAGCUUGCGACGAACGUCCCUCUCGUGCCAUCGACCGCGUCGUCGCCCGUCUUUCCGGCCCUGCAAGAGCUGCUCUUUGCUUCAAUGGGCCAUCGCUGGGCCCCCAACCUGGUCUGGGCUGGGCUUCUCUGGCCAUUGAAGACGACGACAUUGGCGCCCCGCAAGGACCUGCAUAUGCUCAUACACGUGCACGGCUGCAGCGUCCUUAUCCCUCUCUUGCUCUCUGUCCUUGGUGCCCUUCGCGUCUCGUCGGCGCCGCCAACGGCCGACGACCUCCAUGUGCUCCUCGAGACGCGCGCCAACGCGCGGCGACUGCCGUGGGCCGCGAUCUGUGCCGCACUGCCUCGCAGCCGCAAGGUCCAGGACCAGUACCGCGCUUCUUACGUGGCGGCCUGCCAUCGCACCCUCCACCGCUCUCCGACCGCGCCUCUGCGCUACCGCUUCGUGGGCUUUGACGUCGACGGGACGUUGGUGCGAUAUCGCACGGACCGUAUCCUGCGCGACUCGUUUGCGGCCAUGGCCCGCCGCCUUUUGCUGGUCUACCCCGCGCUGCAAGACGUGCGCCCGCCGACGUGGCGCCCCGCGCUCGCCCAGCGAUCCGUGGCGAUCGAUAUCGACGCGGGGCAUUUCUUCCUUCUGGGCGACGACAGCAAUACGAUACUGCGCGCCUUCCACGGCUCGCGCGAGCUCGUCGACGGCGUUGCAACCUUGCCAUGCUCGGCGCUACUGUACAUGCACACCCUGCAGGAUGUGGUGUUUGCACCGCUCUUUGCGUGGCUCGUCGACGCCGUCGACAGCGGCAACCUCCCGACAACGCCAGGGACCUACGCGUCGCUGGCCAGCAGCGUGCGGCUGGUGGCGUAUCAGUACAACGCCCAGGAGCUCGAGCCAGCCCUCGUCGCGACGCCAGCACAGUACAUAUUCGCAGCGAAAGCCACCGCCGCCGUCCUCACGCAGCUUGCGAAGCGGUACACGCUCUUCAUUCUAACCAACGGGACGUGGGACCAUGCCAACCACGUGCUCACGUGCGCGCUGGGCGCUGGGUGGGAAGGAAAUUUUGAGUUUGUCCUGACCGAAGCAAGAAAAGAGACUUUCUUUGCGCGACAAGUACCGACCCGGCCCUUCCACCAACUGCGGCCGAAUGGCACCCGCUGUCUCGCGCCGAGCCCGCUACCACUGACGGGUCGCUACUGCGGUGGCGACGCCAGCAGUCUGCACGCUGCGUUACGUGUCGCUCCAGACCAAGUGUGCUACGUGGGUGACCACCCUGUCCAAGACGUCGAGCUGCCCCGAGAGUGCGUCGGCUGGGACACGAUAGCGCUCCUCGAGGAGCUGCAAAGAGGAGCGAGCGCGAUGGCCGUGGCUCUGUCGCCGCCGCCAUAA